UGGCAAGUCAAUCAAAGCGAUCAAAGUUAGUUAGUUAAUUACGUUGUAUCGUGGUACGUAGUAUAAUACAAUACAAUACAAUGUUUAAAAUCGAUUUGAUGCCAGCGGGUGGAGGAGAAUCGUGGGAUGAUGGUGGUCGUGGUCAAGUUGCUGCAAUCCUCAUUUCCUAUUCUCAAGACUCCAUCAACUCUCUGCGUUUCCUUUAUUUCAAGGACGGCGAAUUGCAGUUUUCUGAAGAUCAUGGCAAACUUAGUGGCAGCUCACAGAUGAUCAGACUAGGCUAUCCAACGGAGUUCCUCACUGCGGUGCAUGGCUAUCGUACCAACAACAAUGGAGUAUCGUCGAUAACAUUUGUGACAAACAAGGCUAAGUAUGGACCCUUUGGGGAUACGGAGGCAACGCCCGACAACGAUUAUGACAUCGCAUUCAAAUUCCGACGGAGCAGUGCCGGUGAUUCCAUCAAUGGAUUUCACGGAACCGUAAAUAGUCAUGGUCACAUCGGAAGCAUUGGUAUUUAUUUACAUACGGCGACUUCUGCUGCUCGCCCUGAUUCCAAGCCGCUUAGUCUUGGAUCAUGACUUCUAAAAUUAUACUCCCUAUUACGAUAAAUAAAUUUGAUCCAAGUAAUCAAUGUUAUGCGACAUUUUGUAUACGAUGUGACGUCGUUUCCAUCAAUAGAAUAAAGGGAAAGUUUCUGAAAUAGGACUAAAACAGUUUGAAAAUUCCAAAAUAGGACUGUCUUGGUUUUUAUUCCCAAAAUAGGAGUAAUUACUGCCAAGUUUGGAAAAUACUGUCAUGUUUGAAGUCUGAUACUGCCAAAAUAUGACAGUAAUUAGUCCUACUUUGAGAAUAAAAACAUGACAGUUCUAUUUUGGAAUUUUCAAACCUUUUUAGUCCUAUUUCG